AUGGAGCUGCUGGUCCUGGACUACAAAAUCGGCAGCUGGGUCCUCGUGCCCAUUGUGCUGCUCGUGCUGCUCUGCACUUUGCUGCGGCAGAAACUGAUGGAAACUUCUGCAAAAACAGACACCCAGCCCGACAUGGAGGAGCAGUUCGUCUCCUCGGUGGUGCUGCGCUCGCAGCUGCUGCGGAGUGCCGGACUUUUCAUUUUAUUUCCCCGAUCUUUUUACUGUCGGCAGCAGCAAUUAAUAAAAGCCAGGGGAGAGCAGCAGCAGCAGCAGCAGCAGCAGCUGGGGCUGCUGUGGCUCGCCCCCGAGAGCUCAGCUGUACGUACACUCGAAAACUUCGCCAAACAAGACCCCACGGCGGCGUUUGCGGCGGUGAAGAGCCAACUGGCUUUUGUGCUUCUGCAGGGCGGAAUGGCAUAUUUAAUAAACACUUUCUUUUCGGGCUUCGUUGUCGCAAAAACCCCCUUCAGUCUUCCUUACAAAUUCAAGGCGAUGCUGCAGCGGGGAGUUGAAGUGCCUUUGCUGGACGUCACUUAUGUGUCUUCUUUGUCUUGGUACUUCCUGGUGAUGCUGAGCGUGGGGGGGGUUUAUUUUUUGAUAAAUGAAAUUAUGAGAACUCCAGAGUCUUCGAAGCAAACCCUGAUUGACGAAAACCCCACGGCCAACCUCCAGGCGGUCUUGGGGCUGCCUCCUGGCGGCCCGGCGGCCCUGAUGCCGGCCAUGGGGGCCCCGGAGCCAAAAAAGCUUUUCAAGCAAGAAAGAGACGCCCUCCAAAUUGUUCAACCGACAGACACAAUGCUGCAGAUGCCUCUUCGGCUGCUGCAGCAGUGGCAGCCAAACGGAGGAAGCAGCAGCUUUUAA